AUGUCUGCCCAGGAAGAGAACAUCCCCGUCCAGGACGAGUCGGUCCAGGAGUCCAACGUCGAUGCCCAGGCUGAGGACGAGGUGGUCUCGAGCGGUUCCGAGCAGAAGCAGCUCAACGCCGAGGCUUCCGAGCUCGACGAGUCGAACAUCAUCGACGAUUCGCCCGGUGUCUCGACGCGCGGCGCCAAGGUCGACGCUCUCAAGCAGGAGCGCGAGAUCGACCAGGCCGUCGGCGCUGCCGAGGAGGCUGACGAGCAGGCUUAG